AUGAUAGACCUGUCCACUCUAUCUCCUGCGGAGAUCACGGUGAUGGGAUCCGUGUUCUGCGUCUUGCUCUCGAUGCACUUCACGAUGCAGCUCAUAUCCCAGCAUCUGUUUUACUGGAAGAACCCUAAAGAGCAGAAAGCCAUUUUAAUCAUUAUACUCAUGGCUCCUGUUUACGCUAUCAACUCUUUUGUGGGCUUGCUAGAUGCUAAAGGAAGCAAACCGUUCUUCAUGUUUCUAGACGUCGUUAAGGAUUGCUAUGAGGCACUUGUCAUUGCUAAAUUCUUGGCUUUGAUGUAUAGUUACCUGAACAUAUCGAUGAGCGAACGGAUUAUCCCGGAUGAGAUCAAAGGGAGAGAAAUCCACCAUGCGUUUCCAAUGACUCUGUUUGUGCCACGGACCACACAUCUGGAUCACCACACACUGAAACAGCUCAAGCAAUGGACAUGGCAGUUUUGUGUUAUCCGCCCACUGUGUUCCGUCUUGAUGAUAACGCUACAGCUCCUCGGCAUUUAUCCUCCGUGGUUGAGCUGGAUUUUCACCGCCGUUCUAAACGUUUCGGUAUCCCUGGCUUUGUAUUCUCUGGUGAAAUUCUACCAUGUGUUUGCCAAAGAGUUGGAACCUCAUAAGCCGCUCACAAAGUUCAUGUGCGUCAAAGGGAUUGUCUUCUUCUGCUUUUGGCAGGGCGUAGUGCUGGAGGUAUUGGUGGGAUUGGGAGUAAUAAAGUCGCAUCAUUUCUGGUUGGAGGUGGAGCAGCUUGAAGAAGCUCUGCAAAACGUGCUUGUGUGUCUUGAGAUGAUCGUCUUCUCCGUUAUGCAGCAAUACGCUUUCCACGUUGCUCCUUACAGUGGAGAAACCGAAGCUAAGAUGAGAAUGAACAGGAGGGAUUGA